AUGCCUUACGUCGCAGAGCCGUGGUCGUAUGACGAUGUCUUGAAGCUCACCAAGGUCAGCUCAGCAUACUGGAGAGCUACAUUCAAUGCUCCGCUAUUGAACCUCUUUACGCCGCGGACCUACGCCGCAUUGCGUACGCUAGUUGAAAUUCUCGAAAACGACCGUGCUGUUAAAGUCAUCGUCUUUGAUAGCUCUGUUGAAGAUUAUUUCAUCGCUCAUUGGGACCUGGUGCCGAGUGAAGACAAGACGGAUGACGAAGAGACUACCCCCAUCUUUGACUGGGCCAACUUUGUGCUUCGUCUUGCACGUCUUCCUGUAGUGAGCAUUGCCGAGGUUCGUGGACGCACUCGCGGCCAUGGCAGUGAAUUCAUUCUAGCAUGCGACAUGCGCUUUGGCAGCGUUGAAAAAGCCAUAUUUGCGCAGCCAGAAGCCGCUGCUGGCGUUCAUUGUGGUGGUGGUGGAAUCGAGUGGCUGCCUCGCCUGGUUAACCGCUCACGAGCCUUGGAGAUUCUCCUUGGGGGCGAGGACUUUGAUGCCACGACUGCUGCUCAGUAUGGGUACAUCAACCGUGCUAUCAAAGACGCAGAGUUAUCUGCCUUUGUGGACAAUUUUGCUCGUCGACUGGCUGGGUUUGAUCGCAAGCCUCUGCUGGAAACUAAGCGCGCUGUCAAUGAUCGUGCUGGACUGCCUCGUUUGACGGACCUUCUUUCAUCUAUGCAAGACUUUGUUCGAGCUUGUACUUGGCCUGAGACUGUAAAGCGAGUCAAAACUCUCUUUGAGAUGGGUAUCCAGCAGGAUGGUCCUGUGGAAAGGGAUAUGGGGCGUCAUCUUCACGAAGCGUCAAUCAAGAUGUAUGGAAAGACCGAAGAGGCAUAA